AUGUUACAUUGUAAAACUGUGGAAACUCCUAUGGAGGUUAAUGUAAGGAUAGAAAAAUCUAAGAACAGUUUUUGUGACAAGAAAAUUCCAUGUAGACAACUGAUACCAUGGUCCAGUGGAGGGGAGCGUAUAUAUGCAGCUGUGGGUGGAGCCUGUCUGUUGCAGCGUGCUGGCGAACUUAGUGUGGUGGAGUACGGCCUCGAUAGAGUACUACAAACCGUUCGUACUGAGCGUGUGAAUCCUCACGUGCUCAGUGUCCGUAUCAAUGAGGGCAGGAAGGCGGAGGAAGAACGAAAACACUUCGCCUAUCUGCUGACAGACAGACGAUUGCUGUUAUUGAUCUUGUUACAGUUAGGGCCAUGGUGGCACGAAGCUCGGGUGGAUUGGUUGGAGCUGACUGAGAGCGGACAUCUGCUUCUGUUCCGUCAUACUAGACGACGACUUGCACUUCUCUGUAUUGAUACCGGUGAAAAGGAAAUUAUCGCGAGCGGAGUUAGUUUCGUGCAAUGGAUAGAAAACAGUGACGCUGUUGUAGCCCAAACCCCAACACAUUUGCUGAUUUGGUUAGAUUUUAAUAAUACAGUCAAAACCGUUUAUAACGACAUUGAAGGGACAUUGAAGGGGUUUUGA